AGGAAUCGACAAGCCAUGAACAGAUUUGAGAAAACAGUGUACAGGCAUGAGAGAGAUAACCCAUCCUUUUCUUCUACUCUGCUUGACAAAAUCUACCGUUCCAUCGAUGAUGGUGACACCACAAAUGGUGACUUGAAAUUCUACAGGGAAACAAUGCAAAAGAAACAGAGCAAAGGUACCAUGAAAUGCAACAAAAGGAGAGGCCAUGCAGAGGAAGAAGACGAAGAGACGUCGAGUCUUCGAAAACCUUGUUCGAAUGAGAAAUGGAUGGAAAAGAAGGUUAAUGAAAAGGCGAAUGCAGGCCUGAAACAGGUUUUCUCUGACUUCGAAAGGAAAUCAGAUCAUGAAUAUGAUCAUGAUCAAGACCAUGAUGCCGGUUUCUUUAGCUCCACUUCCACCUCAUCUGAUUCCAGUUCCGGUGGUUUGUCAUCAUCCGACACUGAAUCUAUGUGUGUUACGAAAUCCAAAUCAUCGUGUUUUGCAACAUCGAGGCCGAAACCUGUUAGGACCGGCGUGUCGGUUCAGUCGGAGAAACCAGUCAAAACAGAAAAAACAGGGAGGACUCUGUUUUACAAACAGAAAGAGUCGCAUAUGCGCGAUGAUUAUCAUUAUAGUUCGGCCUCUAACUAUACGCCAAAGCUUCACAAAAGUCACUCCACGUCAAAACCAAGGGCCGCCAAAAUUUACGGCUAUCAGAAGAAGGUGAAACAGCCCGUUUCACCAGGCGGCCGAAUCGUGAGUUUCAUCAGUUCUCUGUUUACGACAAGUAAUUCAAAGAAAACAAGCUGCGAUGAUGAAAGGAAAUUGAAGUCCAACCUGGUUUCAACUUGUUCUUCAGCUUCCUCGUUUUCAAGAUCAUGUCUGAGCAAGAACUCGCCUUCCACAAGAGAAAGGCUGCGUAAAGGAGUCGAAAGAACUGUUAGAUUCUGCCCGGUGAGUGUAAUCGUUGAUGAAGACUGCAGACCAUGUGGACAAAAACACUUAUACGAAGAAGAAGACUUGCCGAGAACGGUGUCGGUUACGGCCCCUGCCGUAUGGAAAAUUCGGAAAUCUCCAUUGAUAAAAGUCGAACAAGAGAAGAAGUUUCGAGUAAUGGAAAAGGCUAGGCGGGUGGAAGAAAUGGCUGCAAAGUUUUUGAAAGAAUAUCAUCUGAAUCAAAGGAAGAACGACUUUACAUCAAGGGACAGUCGCAGUAAUUAUGUAAUGGAGGAGAUGGAUGAAGAUGAAGAGGAUGCAGCGAGCUAUUCGAGUUCGGAUUUGUUCGAGUUAGAUCAUCUGGUCCUCAUUGGUAACGACAGGUACAGGGAAGAGCUUCCGGUGUAUGAAACUACUCAUGUAGAAACAAAUCAAGCCAUUGCCAAUGGUUUGAUAGCAUAG